CCCUAUGUGAAGCUUUGGCUGAUGCACAAGGACAAACGUGUUGAGAAGAAGAAGACAGUGACUAUAAAGCGUUGUCUCAACCCCGUCUUCAAUGAGUCUUUCCCCUUCGAGGUUCCGGCCCACGUCCUCCGGGAGACCACCAUCAUCAUCACGGUCAUGGACAAGGACCGGCUCAGCCGCAACGAUGUCAUUGGCAAGAUCUACCUAUCAUGGAAGAGUGGUCCAGCGGAAGUGAAACACUGGAAGGACAUGAUGGGCCGGCCGCGUACCAAUGUGGCCCAAUGGCACGCUCUCAAGGCCUGAUGGUCCCGCCUACCCCCUCUUCAGUGACCCCAUACCCCCCCCCCUCCCUCCAACGUCCAAUCCCCAUCCUUAUGCACAACACUGACUAGCUACCAGGCUGCAAAAUACGGGUACAAUUAGCCAUCCGCUCUCUUUACCUUUAGACCCCUCUGCCCUCCUCUCUUCUCCUCUAUCUGUUUUAUUAUACAUCUCUCCUCUCUUCCUCGGUUUCUUCUCAUUCACCCCUGUCUCCCUCCGCCACCCUGCCAAUGGUCCCCCUGUUUCUGUCUGUCUGUCCUUAUGUUGAGAUCUGACGUGUGGUUUGUCUCUUCCCCACUGCAGCCUGUACUAGCCUACUGUAGGUACGGUGCCAUUUUGGCCACUGCAACGAUGUCCCAUGGAAUCACAGAAAAUCUUUAAAUAAAAUAUGCAGUGCCAUUAUAAACAAAUAUUCCAAGUAACAGUAAUAUGAGUGUAAAGUAAUUCUGAGACAGACAAAACCCCUCUAGAAAAUAAUCUGUAUGGAAAUGAGGUGUCCCUGUCCUUCUCUCCAUCUCUCCUCUGUGAUGUCUCCCUCUCCUUCUCUCCUUCUGUUCUUCUGUCCUUCUCUCCGUCUCUCCUCUGUGAUGUCU